AUGCCUUCCAAGUCUCAUGAAGACAAGGAGUGGCCCAUUUCACUUACACGAGCACGUGCGGGCAACGAAGAUGACAUCCUGGCUGUUGCUCUUGAAGCCCUUCAUCACUACGACAACAACCCCAUCGACGACUCCGAGUUCCUCGCGGACAAGACAAAGCGAUAUCUACAAGAAAUAUGGAGUCAGUGGCUUCGGUUCGCCGAGCGGAUCAAGGCACACCCGGAAGACACGUGGCUCGCUCUCUGUAUCGGGUCAGACGAUGCCAAAGCACGCUGUCGGGCCUUCCUUGAGUCCUAUGUGAGGACCUCUAUGGUGAAGCGCCCGUGUCUCGGCGCGGAAGAAUGGCAGGAAGUUCGAACCGUCAACUGUGCCGUGACGCUGGAAGAUGUUUGGGCAGCACUCGUUCGGAAUGCCGACGAAAAUGUGCUGAAGAGGAAGAGGGGUGAAGACAGGGAGAGGGCUCACCUCUGGAGCCUCCGCUAUUCGUCACGAGAUAAAGGUUCUCGCAGCAGUCCUGCGUACGAAAUUGGACAGUGGAUUCCCCAGCUUGCCUUGAAGCUUGGCCUAUCUCUGAAGCAGCUUUUCACGAAGAGAGAAACCACCCCGGAGGAUAUCAUCUUGAUACUAUCAACGCUUUGGAGUCGCGCAGAGGAUAUCCGCUGCAGCCCUAGUACCCGCAUCGCUUUCGACUGCUCUAUCAUCCUCGGCGGCAUUGGAGGCUGGCGUCCCAAGAGCGUAGUGAACAUCAAGUAUGAGCAGGUUCAAUUCGCAUGGGUCCGUGACCCUUUUGACCCGCAGAUAACGAGGCUCGCCGCCACCGUCACGAUACGCCACGUCAAGCAGAGACAAAACCGUAUACAAAGAGGCCAAAGAUCGGAGGUCAAGUUUUCCAUCACAACGGUGCCUUGCCGUCAGCUGUGCCUCCUCACCUUCUGGGUUUCGCGAGCGUUAGCGGACAACGCAUUCGAGGCUGGAUUCACGGCAUCCAGUCAAGUUUUCCGCGCGGAGCCGCUUGAGCCGGGCAUUGACUACGUUCCGCUGCUCUGGAAGUCAAAUACGAAGGACAAAUCCAUCCAUUCUAUCUCUUACAACACCUACUGGAGUAUCUGGAACCGCGCUUUGUUUGUAUCAGGGCUUCGUGACGAGGACGCCAUGCGGCCCUACGCCAUGAGAGUUGGCGGCGGUGGGAGGCUAGACGGCAGUUUAACCGCCCCGCUCCGGAACUUUAUUUUGUCGAACUCUACCGAGGUGUAUGAGCACAGCUACUUGCCUAUACAUCUGAACAAGGACUUGAUGAAGGUCGCGUACCGAGACAAAGCAGGACAGAACGAAGAGAUGGUGUCCAUGAUGAGCCGAGCCUUUCUACGGCGUGACCCUUAUGCGCCAAUCUACAUCACGAAGGACGAUUUUGCCAGUUUCGAGAAGCGCAACGACCUCAGCAGCCUACGAAAGCAGUACCGGGAAGCAAAAGACGAUCCGGUAAAAGCGCAAAAGAUUAAGUCACGCAUCAAGUACCUACUUGACUGGCUGGAACGACUGCGAAUUCAGGAGGUGCGGAAAGAAUACUUCGACGAGGUCGACAAGCUGAGGGCACAAGGCAUUACCACGCACCAUUUGCGCACGACGCAGGCAACCAACCCCCGCAAGCAGAGAGAUAUCGUCGGCAGCUCUGUCGCGGUGCGUAUCGGUAAGUUGUUAGACGAAGACGUUGGUCCGGUGUCCGCGGCGACAGUGCUUCUGGCAUAUCUGCAAGAAAAGUCCGAGAGGGAAGUGUUCCCGCAGGAACAGAUCACGGCCCACGAACGCCAGCCUGUCGCUCUUUCGAGAUGCUUACUCUGCAACUAUCCAUACGCCAACGUCUCGAGCCUAACCAGACAUGUUCGGAAACACCACGAAGAUACCUUUCGCGAGCCAUUCGACUGCCCCGAGUGCCAGCGUAACGGGGACACCCAACGAAUAAGUGCAUUGCCGGCAGCAUGGAGCAACCAUGUCCUGCGCUAUCACGGCAAGCAGCACACGCCAAACUUGUGGUCAAAACCAAAGCCGGAGGGGGUGAAACGGGCUAAAAGAGCAUGCGCAAGCGACGGAGUGGCUGCACCGCGGAGGAGACGAAAGCUAGAGGAUGAGCCUGACGAUGGCCACUUCGAACCAAAAUGGGAGAAGUCACCUGAUCCUCAUGUUGACGAGGAGUUUUGGGUCACCGGCAGGUGCCACGACUACGACGAAGAGGCCUUGGAGCUGUUCGAGCCCGGUUAUAUCCCGUGA